AGGUGUUGACUAGUCGCCCAAGAGCACCAACACAUUAUUGGCCGCCAUGGCUGCUACCAGUAAGAAGGGUGCUUGGGUUCUUGCUAUAAAUAGCAUACUCGAUCUGUGUACACUUCACACAACAAGCUUCCUUCACAAUCACAAUUGCUCAUAUUAUAUCUAAGCGACAGAGAAGGUCUGAUUUUUCACAAAAAUAUUUCGAUUUCGACAAGAUCUUUAAUUCGAGUUAUAACAAUGUCGACUGGUUUGACAAAGAGAAGGAUGGUGACAGUACUAAGCAUUGAUGGUGGUGGCAUUAGAGGCAUAAUUCCCAGCACCCUCCUCGCCUUUCUUGAAUCCAAGCUUCAGGAAUUGGAUGGGCCUGCUGCAAGAAUCGCAGAUUAUUUUGACAUAAUUGCCGGAACAAGCACCGGUGGUCUUGUCACCACCAUGCUUGCAGCUCCUAACAAAGACAACCGACCCAUGUACGAAGCAAAGGACAUCAACAACUUCUAUUUGGAUCACACCCCAAAGAUUUUCCCUCAGAAUAGUCGUAAUAACUUCUUGACAUCACUAACAAGUAUGGUUGGUGCUGUCAUGGGACCAAAAUAUGAUGGAGAGUACCUGCGAACAUUGACGAAGGAGCUGCUUGGCGACCUCACUCUUAAACAAACCCUAACCACUGUGAUUAUUCCAACUUUUGAUAUUAAGCACCUUCAGCCUGUGCUCUUCUCAACCAUCGAUGCAAAAGAAAGUCCAUUGAAAAAUGCUAAGCUUUCGGAUAUCUGCAUCAGUACCUCUGCUGCUCCCACUUUUCUCCCCGCUCAUUACUUCGAGGUCAAUGAUAACGAGGGAAGAACCCGAACUUUUGAUCUCAUCGAUGGUGGGGUUGCUGCCAACAAUCCUACGAUGACGGCCAUAAGCCACAUAAACAGAGAGAUAUUGAAGCAUAACUCAGAGCCGAUGGAUGCUACCAGGUUGCUAGUGCUAUCAUUGGGCACAGGCGCAGCCAAGAAUGAAGCGAAGUACAACGCAGCCAACGCCUCCAAAUGGGGUUUGAUCAAUUGGGUCUUUGACAAUGGGAGCACACCUUUGGUAGACAUUUUCGGGGAUGCAAGUUCCGACAUGGUUGAUUUUCAUGUCUCCACCCUCUUCCAAUCCGUUCACGCCAAGGACAACUAUCUUCGUAUUCAGGAUGACACGUUGAUUGGUGAGGAGGCAUCAGUGGACAUUGCAACGGAGAAAAAUCUGAAAAGGCUUGUUGAAAUCGGAAAGGUGUUGUUGAAGAAGCCGGUGUCACGGGUGAAUUUGGAUACCGGAAGGUAUGAGGAAUCCAAGGGAGAAGGUACCUAUGAAGAAGCACUGAUUGAGUUUGCCAAAAGGCUCUCGGAAGGAAAGAAGCUUAGGCAAAACAGUUAACUGAAAGUGCAAAAGAUUGCAAUAUGAUUAUAUCUUAUUAAACUUUGUUGUUUACUUUGUGAUGAUCAUGUUCAUCAAUUCCACUGUGAAUCUUGAUUGAAAAAUAAAGAAUAUUGAAUAAGAAAUUGGAGUUUUGGGAUCAAAUCUGUUGAUGAUUUUGAAUGGGAUGAUCUGUAUUACUUGUCUUUGUUUGGAACA